UGAUAAAGCCAUAGCACUCCUAAUACUUCAAUGAAGCUCUGCAAAACAAAACAAGUAUAGUCAGGCUCACAAGCAUGUCCUUCAAGAAACUUCACAAACCCUUCCCCUCCUUCCUCUUUUGUUUCUUUGUCUUCUUACAUCCCAUCCAUCGAGCCAAGGCCGCCAACUUCAUCUACUCCAGUUGCUCCCCAUCCAAGUUCCAGCCGGGCACCCCCUCCCAAACCAACCUCAUCUCCCUCCUCACCUCCGUCGCCGCCGCCGCCUCCCAGGCCACCUACAACAGCUUUGCGACAGGCAACGACUCCGCGUCACCUCCCGGCGCAGCCGUUUACGGCCUCUACCAGUGCCGCAACGACUUGAGGGCCGAUGACUGCUCGGCGUGCGUGCAGAGCGCCGUAGGCCAGCUCAACCUGGUCUGCCCGGACUCCUACGCCGCCUCGCUGCAGCUCGACGGCUGCUUGGUGCGGUACAGCAACGAGAACUUCCUCGGGCGGGCUGACACGAGCCUGGUGUACCGGAAGUGCAGCUCGAGUACGAGCAACGAGGAGCAAUUCUUCCGGCGGAGGGAUGACGUGCUCGCCGACCUCCAAACUGGGGUGGGGUUUCGAGUUAGCAGCUCCGGGACGGUGCAGGGCUACGCUCAGUGCAUCGGGGAUCUGAACUCAGCCGACUGCACUUCAUGCUUGGCUCAGGCCGUUGGGCAGCUGAAGAAUUCCUGCGGGUCGGCGAUGGCCGCGGACGUUUACUUGGCACAGUGCUAUGCUAGGUAUUGGGCCUCCGGGCACUACUUCCGAUCUACAACAGCAUACCCUGGCGAUGAGAUUGGAAAAACUGUAGCAAUAAUCGUGGGCAUCUUGGCAGGAGUGGCCCUCUUCGUGGUCUUCCUUUCGUUUCUCAGAAAAGCAUGCUAGCCACCAGAGUAGAUCCUUCUCCAAAGAGACGGGUGGGUUUGGGGGCCUGAAUUUUGGCUGCGGAGCCUCUCCUCAAGUAAUGGCAAAGGACUGCAUUCCGAAUAGCUACAAGCAGCUUCCCUCAUCCUUUUCAUUUUGUUCAAUAACGAAAGAGUCCAUUUUCCAUUACUCUCGCAUUAACAAAUGAUCUUUCCAAAAAAAAGAAACAGUCUUUUUUUAAAAUAAAAUUUUCCUGGACAGCAAUUUGUUUUU